UGCAGUCGGUGUCCAAGACUCCGUUCAACCGUCGUACGAAACUUCUUACCUGGCGUCGAUUCGCCACGUGAAAACGGAACCGUUGGAUUACACACACCAUGAGGAUCACAAUUCUGCUGGCCUUCAUCGUCGCCAUCCUGGCAAUGUCCGCGGCGCAGGACUAUAGUCAGCUGUUCGCAGGAUUCGGCCCGUACCUGAGGCCAAGCGCAGGGAUGCGAGAUCCUCGAUCGAACAGGGGUCCGGUGCUGUUCCCACCUGGCCCAGCGCCGAACGGUGCCGACACGAGCGGAGUGAUCGUGGGCGCGAGCGGAUACGGAUUCGUGCCACCCAACCAAGCAUUUUACAGGUACUUUUACUAUUAACGGGGAACGCAAGGG